GCAGCGCAUGUUCCGGCAGCUGAGUGAGUGCCAUCUACCCCCUGUAGUGGAGCGCGAGUGUGCCGCCUCUCUCACUGUGCCUUAUGCUGCUCUCGACACUUUAACGGAACUCAAGGAGAACCCCUUUCGACGGCGAGUGUGCGAAGUAUUCAGCACCAACGCAUCGGCUUCCCUCACGUUCGACCAGUUCCUAGAGAUGUUCUCGGUGUUCAGCGAGCAUGCGCCUAGGGACAUCAAGGCGAUAUAUGCCUUCAGGAUAUAUGAUUUCGACGGCGAUGGAUUCCUCGGCGAGUCGGACCUUCUGCACGCUGUGAAGCACCUCUCCCAUGACCUGCUUACGCCUGACGAAUAUAACACUAUUGUUGCUAAGGUCUUGGAGGAAGCAGACGUGGACUGCGACGGACGCCUCUCUCAGUCGGAGUUCAUCCACGUGAUCCUGAAGUGUCCUGAUUUCGUGCCUAAUUUCCAUAUCAGGAUCUGAGUUAUUUCAGUGGUGACUCAGGCAACUUCGUUUGGUUUCAUGUGACUAAUGGAAACUAUUUUUCUUUUGCAAUAUUGAUGCAUUUAUAACUCUGUGGGCAAACGCAAAUUUGCAAUG